UGAGCAUAUUUUGUGGGUGAAUGUGAUGAAAGCUUGACUUUGGUGAAUAUAGAGGACGAGAAAAUGAGGAACUUAAUUGAUAAGUCUUCAAUAUGGACAAAUAUGUUUCAUUGUUCCUCUUCUGUAGUCCUUUUCUUUCUUUCUUUCUUUCUUUCACAUUUUAAAAUUACAUCCUUUUUUUUAACCAUUUCUUUCUUGAUUUUAUUUUUUGUUUAAGAUUAUGGUCAUCUUUUGAAAUUGGACUGGAUUUCACCAUGUUGAUACUUUCCCUUCACGUUUUGCUUUAUAUUUUAUUUCAAAUUUCUAAAAAAAAAAAAAAAACUUUGAAUUCUUCAUUUUUAUAAAUUAAAAGAAAAUGGAGGAAAUAAUGUGAAAUUGAUUUUCAUACACUCAUAUCACGUGUUCAAAGGGAACUUUGAAUAAUAUUUAGUUCCGUGAAAUUACUGAAAAGGGUAUUCUCUAUUUGAAAAUUUAUUUUAACUUUUGAACUUACUUUUCAUUUGUCUUAUUGUUAUUAUUUUAUUUUUUUUAUGAAUGAUGAUUUAAAUAAAGAAAAAUUGUUUCACAAAAACUAACCACCAUUAUUUGUGAUGAAAAUGAUAUAUAAACAUUUUUGGGAUUGAUUUUUGCCCAGCACCCUAACAAAAAUCACUACCAAUAAUCCUUCAAAAGUAAAUUACUUUUAUUUACAUGAAAAGAAAAAACAGGAGAGAGAGCCUUCAAUAAUUUCAAAAUAAACAACCCCUUGAGCUUAUGAUACCUUUUGAGAAUAGAGAAAAAAGAAAAAGAAAAAAAAGAAUAAUGAAAUAAUCUAUGUGGCUGCCUACGUGGAAUGAUUUGGAUUUCGGGGUAACCUCAUAGAAUGAAGUGGUGGGUGACAGCUUAAAAUAACGAUAAAAUAAAAUAAAUUUUUUUAAAAAAAGAAAAAGUUAGCCUUUCGAGGAAGUUUCUCAAAUCGCAGCACUUUAUCAAAGGAAAUAAAAUCUUCUCUUCUUCCUCUUCUUCCACGAACCUUCUAGAAUUGAAAUUCCCAGUGCCGUUCCCGGAAAAUUCUCACAACUAUUCUUCCAAAACUCACUCAUCGAAGCUUCCUUUAGGGUUUGGGAGUUCCGUCCCAUCAUUACGGGAUCUGAUUUGCUUCAUGCUUGUGGCUCCUCUCAUGGAGGAGCCGACCACCAAGUCGACAACUACUGGAAACGAUUCCUACAGAUCUGUUCCCACUCCUUUCUUGACCAAGACGUAUCAGCUUGUCGACGACGAGUCAAUCGACCAUGUCAUUUCAUGGAACGACGACGGAUCUACCUUCAUCGUUUGGAACACCAUGGCUUUCGCUAAAGAUUUUCUUCCAAAGUAUUUCAAACAUAAUAACUUCACCAGCUUUCUCCGUCAGCUCAAUACUUAUGGAUUUAGAAAGGUUGUAUCGGAUCGUUGGGAGUUCGCGAACGAGUGCUUUCGCAAAGGCAAGAAACAGCUUCUUUGUGAGAUUCAGCGUCGGAAAUUGGCCGGUCCGGUUCCGUCCUCUGCUUCUAACGCGGCUGUUGUGACAACCGUUGGUGCUUCAGCAAUUCCGUCUGUCCAACUAUUGCCAUUGACGGGAAAUUCUUCAGGUGAAGAACAAGUGAUUUCGUCUGAUGAGACUCCAACGAGAGCUCUCGCAGAGCUGAUUGAUGAGAACGAUCGGCUGAGAAGAGAGAAAGUUCAGCUCACGGAACAAUUGGUUGAGGUGAAAUCUUUGUGCAAUAACAUCUUCUCGUUGAUGUCGAGCUUCGUUGAAAGUCAAUUCAAGAGCAGUUUCAAAGUGAGGGAGAGCGUUUUGGCAUCGGCAAAAUCGCUCGAUCUUUUCCCGGUGAAGCGGCCAGCCGGUGAAGAGGAAAGGGCGGAGGUGAAGGAGGAGGAGACGAAUCAGAUCGGCGUGAAGCGAGCGAGGGAAUAUAGGGAGGGGGCGACGGAGACGGCGGAGAAUGAUACUACUCUGCGGCUUCAACCACCGGAUAGAUGGGUAGUCAAAUCAGAGAGGAUAAAUUGUCAAAAAUAAAGUUGAUGAGGAGAAGACGUGGCAUAAUAUCAGGUCCACCAGUGAGAGAAUGAUCAAAUGGAUCUGUAUUGAACGGUUAGGAUAAAGUAUGGACUUUUUACGAGAUUCUUGUUGAAGUAAUGAGCGAUGCAGGGAAUCAUCUCCCCCCCAAAGGUGGGAAAUAUGGCACGUUUGACGUGUGCCACCAUUUUAGGGGGCAAAUUAAGGAAGUUUCAAUGCAUAUUCCCCCCUUUACCAUUUCUCUUUUUAUAAAAAGCAAAUAUAUAUAUAGAUGAAACUGCAAAAAGAAAUCAGCAAAGCAAGCAUGGGAACAAAAUUAUCUCCA